UCUGGUCUCGUUCUCAUCCAGGAACUGCUGUAUCGACCACCUCCCGUUGUAUCGAUCGUGUCUUGGGCUCUUGUCUUCUGCUCUCUUCUCUUCUCAACACACGCACUGGCCUACUGCACGCGCACCAGCUUGCUGCACACACUUUGGCCAUGACCAACUCUGAAGAAUCGUUCAUCGUCUCGGCUGUCCCCGCCAGCUCGGCUGCAAAAAUCGCCUUCCGUCACUAUCUCGAGUUCCAGCGUAACCCUGUUCCAGGCGUCUCGAUCCACCAGAUCAGCUCCCGGGUCUUCCACGUCAACACCCGCCUCCUCGAUGGUCCCUAUGAAGGAAUCUGUGUCCACUGGGAACUCUCGAUCCCGAACGACUACCCAUACGCUCCUCCGAUGGGAGCCAUGACCAAAUCCUACAGAUUCAACACCACCCACCAUCACCAUGUGUACGACGGAAUUGGCAUUUGCGCCGACUGGUUCGGCAAUUUCAGCUACAUGAGCCAGUCUGCUGGUGUUGGCUGUGGCUGGACGCCGUCGUGCGACUUUGUCGGGCUCAUGAUCAAUACCCAGGUCUUCCUCGCCGAUCCCGAUGGCGUGGUUCUCUCGGCCAGGGACGUUCAGAAGCUCCGCAACAUGGACCAGGCAUUCGAAUGCUCAUCCUGUCCUCACAAGACAGCGGCUCCGCAUCCGCCUCUCGCCGUGUUUGAUCCCGAGGCCCUCCAGGGUCGCCGACAGCGCGAGCUCACCAGAGACGAGAAGAUCACCGAACGCGCCCGCAACGAGCUGAUGUGCUCGGUCUCGAAGCUCAAUUUUGUCGACGAAGAGGAGAUGUGCCUCGGCUAUCCUAUCAACCUGUCGAUCGACCGAUUCAAGCGGCCGCACAGCGAGCUGUAUCCCGAGCCGGUCUCGUAUACAGCGUAUCGCCAGGCCCUCAAGACGGCACAGGAAGCUGCACGGGUGGCUGCAGCCUCGUGGUGGGGAUGUGGCUGCUCGAUAUGCUCCGCUUCCCGGCCCAAGAAUGCCGACCAAGACAACACGGACUCGCCACCGGUGACGAUCCGCAGCUCAACAGGAAAGACGUAUACGCACUGGAUGCCCAUGUAUCUCAGUGAGGAUCACUUCCAAAAGAACGUGGCGGUUAUCAAGCAAACGAUUGCCUCGAUGGCUCAGGGACAACAGACGCUGCCGGCACGCUUUGUCUUCCGUCCUCAGUGGAUCGUCAAGGUCAUUCCGGCACUGAUGAACCAGCAAGUUGUGGCCAUCAUGAAGGGAAAUGUCCACGAGUCCGAGGUGGCAAUCGUGGCCUACGCCAACCUGCUGCGGCUGCUGGUGCGGUUCCUCAAGGAGUACCCCGGUCUCCAGGCUAUCAUCAACAGAGAAGUCAAGGACUUUCUUGAGGUUCCCUCGAACCGCACCAAGAAGGCGUGCGGCGACCUCGGCGAGUUCUUCAUCAAGCUGAUGCUUGCCGAGCGGGACGGCAGCGACCCUCGUCUGUCAUACUCGCAGCCAAAGAUGAAGGCGGCCCUGGAGAUGGAGCGAUUCGCACGCCAGAUGAUGUGGGUCCGCCGCGAAAACGCCAGCCUCCUCGACUUUGACAACUCGAUGCAUGUCCGCGAACGCCUGCGCCGGGUUUUCGAGUCAACGCUGGUGUCGAAUCGGCUGUUUGUCUUUGUGCUGGAGAUGUCUCGGCUGUUUAUGGUUCCCGAGUUUGAGAGCGGAAUGGACCGCAACCUGGGUCUGCCUCCGGCCGCGAUCCUGUCGUCGUUCCAGACCCGGAUCAAGGUGAUCAAGUCGACACUCACAAACUACUCGGUGCUGAUGAAGGUGAUUGGCUACUUUGAUCGCAUCAACUCGGACAAGAAGAUGCUCUGGCUCCUCAAGACAGCCUCGGAGACGUCGUACACCCAGGGCUACGAGCGGCGGCCGUUCACAUACCGCCACUGAAAGACCGGCACGGUGCAUGUCUCGGAGGUGGAUUGGCUGUGCUCGCAGUGGUUGUCUUUGGAUGGUUGUCCCUGAGUGAUUGUCCCUGAGUGAUUGUCCUUGAGCAGUUGUUCUUGGGUGGUUGUUCUUGGGUGGUUGUU